ACCAAUCUACAACCAAAGAAGAAGAAGACGCAGCGGAAGUACUUGUUGUCUUUUUAUAAUAACUUGCAGGUCCUGGACAGCGUUAUGUCACACGAUACAGACACAACCAUGAGCAGUGUGACUAAUGUUGAGCAAGUGGCAGCAGUAGGACAAGUUCUGGUGGACCGUAAACUGGACUUGACCCAGCGAUUCAGAGCCUUAUUCACCCUAAAGAACUUGGGAGGUGCCGAAGCCAUAGAAUGGAUCAGCAAGGCCUUUGUUGAUGAAUCAGCCCUGCUGAAGCAUGAGCUGGCUUACUGCUUGGGGCAGAUGCAAGACAAACAAGCCAUUCCCACACUGACAGCUGUUCUCAAAGAUGUAAAGCAGGAACCAAUGGUCAGACACGAAGCAGGGGAAGCUUUGGGAGCAAUUGGUGAUCCUGUAGUUUUGGACCUUCUAAAAGAGUACAGUCAGGAUCCUGUCAUAGAGGUUGCAGAGACAUGUCAGUUGGCGGUUUGUCGGCUGGAAUGGCUGCAGAGCGGACAAGAGAAACAGCUGGAGGACGGAAGCACAGAUAAAAAUCCCUACUGCUCUGUGGACCCGGCCCCUCCAGCACCAAGGAAGAGUGUACCAGAGCUCCGCUCCACCCUGCUGGAUGAAAGUCUGCCGCUCUUUGAACGCUACCGUGCCAUGUUUGCCUUACGUAAUCUGGGCACUGAAGAGGCUGUGCAAGCACUGGGAGACGGCCUGCAGUGCUCCAGCGCUCUGUUCCGCCAUGAAAUCGGUUAUGUGCUGGGCCAGAUGCAGCACCCGGCAGCAGUCCCCGCCCUGCGCGCCGCUUUGGAGCUCACCACCGAGAACCCCAUGGUCCGGCAUGAAGCGGCAGAGGCUCUUGGCUCCAUUGGCAAAAACGAGUGCCUGGCCGUUCUGCAGUGUUACCGUGGAGACAAAGAACGCGUCGUGAAGGAGAGCUGUGAAGUUGCUUUGGACAUGCUGGAGUACGAAAACAGCGACCAGUUCCAGUAUGCAGACGGACUGGUCAGGUUACAGGGUUAAACGUCACAGGAGGGGGAGGAUUUUUUAUCCUUGAUACGUUUACUGGUGAUCUUAAAAAGAAAGAAGAAAUUAAAAGAAAGCCACAGAAAGCCGUGAUACAUCAGUAAAAUGAUUAUUACCUCGAACAAUCCUUGGAGAUGAUGCCUUUUAGUGUGAAAAAUACUAGACAGUAAAAGCCUAAACAAACCAGACAAUUAAACACAGCACAUUGGAUGUAUCUGUGUUUCUUAUUUCCAUCCAGACCAUAUACUUUUGUUUUUCUUUCUUUUUUUUUUUUCUUUUUUUUUGAAGACUACAGCGCCUCCACUUUGUUCACAGUGUCUGGAAAGUUUUCGAUUGAAGAACUUCACCAAUUAUAUUUAAGUGUGAGGGACUUUCCUGUGAAGGCACACUGUUCCUCCUUAUUUCUCUUUGCACGGUAUGUGAUCAUGCAGUCCCGAAGAACUGGCAAGAACCUGUGCUACUUGUUUUAUGCAUUGGUUUAUACAUUUGAUAAACCAUGGUGUAAUCAAGUUUAAUGUCAGUUAAUUUCGCAUUAACUAAUUAAGAUCUAUUGGCUUCUCUCUUGUUCUUCUACAGUAUGUUGGGAAGUACACAGUCCUUUCAAAAUAUUACAGGUUUAAGUUUGGUAGGUCCUCAGCCUCUCAUUCUUCUCUGAUUACUUCAUAGACAGAUUACUGUGUGCAAUUUGUAAUUUUAAUGAAUAUCUUUUAUUUCUUGUCAGUUAUCUAGUGGAAAGGGAGUGUUUGUUGAUUCUGUGUAAAAAUAUAAACCUUUUUGGGUCCUCA